AUGUUGCCUCGUCAUCAGCUCAAUGCCUACCGACUAUACAAACAUCUGACGAAACGUAUUACAGACUGGUUGGUACCUACAGCCAAGGCCCAUGGCUAUCCCGGUGACCUGGGCUACGCCAAGGAAGACAAGAAAGGGUCAAUACCAACUAAUCGGAUCCGAGGAUGGACCUAUUCAAUUUCGACCCAGGAUUACAUUAGACUGGCCGAAUGGAUCGCUGAAGCGCAAAUACCUGUACCCUCCUGGAUUGACUUGGCCCUCGGUGAUUUGAUAGAGUCACGCAAAGAGUUUAGCCGAGAAUACGCCCGUCACCAAGCCGAAAAGGAUGUUCUGGCAGACCAGAAACAUGCACACUUUGUUCAAGUUUUGGAAAUCAUCCGCCAGAUUCUUCGGCCGUUGGUACAGACUCCAUCGGAAUCGGCGGUAGAAUCGGCAGCGACGGGGAAUACUCCUUGCGAACGACCCGAGCAGGUAACCAACAAUGCUACUAUUCACAAGACUGAGUCCUCAGGAACACAAGAUGAUGUUGUUCGCACGGCCAUGGCUGGCAUCGCGGUUCUCAGUACGUUCCGCGACACCAUUAUCCGAAUUUGGUUGGAUUAUCAGAAGGACAAAAUAGGCCUCGCCGCGGCUGCGAUCAGCACCAACACGGCGAUUGAAGCUGCCCGUCAAGAGAUGGAUAAAUUCGUUCCUGAAAUGGAAACAAAUGGCGGGAUAUUCCGAAUCAUGUCCCAAAUUUUCGACAAACAGGCAAGUGCCAUUGCCUGCGGGGAGAAACAUCUCGGUCCCUCUGGAGUUGAUUUUCUCCACUGCCCUUAUUGCGGCGAUGGUCUAUAUGAGCUCGGCCGGGAAUCAUUCUACUUUGUCACUCGAGAGCUGUUUUCCAUGGUGGAAAGGUUCAAGGAAAAGGCAUCCUUUAUGGGAACAGAAGAUGAAUAUCACCAAUACUUUGCUCGUAGCGACAGACCUACCAAGACGGCAUACGAAAAGCACAAAAAAGACAGAGCAAUCAUGGCCGUUGUUCUCGAUGACCUUUUUCACGUGACUCGAUUACAAAAUUAUCCGGUCAAAGACGAGAUGAUACGUGGUAUGAUUGCGCUCUCUGAAACGGGGCAGAUCCCAUUCUAUCUGAUUUUUGCUAUCCAGAUUCAUCUCGACAUCCAUGAUUUCUUGGGCGAAGGCGUAAUCUGGGCAUUUCAGACACUCCAAGUCCACGCAACUAAUAUCCAGGGCGACCUGAAAGCACAGCUUCAACUUCACCAGGAAGGAGGAAUGAAUCAUGAGAUACCAUCCAAGGAAGUUCGGGCACAGAUGGAUAUGAUUGACAUGGUUCUCACCGACCCUGUGUACGAAUUCAAGACACAGACGCUAAGAGACCGUGGUAUGGAAAUACCCCAAACCAUUGAACGCAAUCGCAUCCUAGAAAUGUCGCCCGUGCUUAGCGGAUUGAUUUUAUUUCGGAUUCGACUCGAGUACCGAAGAGCAAGUCUUGUAGGGCACUCAUUCGGAGCUAUUGCAUCUGCAAUUCAUUUGCAUAAUGCACUUCAGAGUGAAAAGCUAUUCACGGCUGAAUGGCAAGAUAUGGAUGUCGCUCGCAAAAUUCUUGGAGACUCUGUUGUAUUUGAUGGCGACGCACCCAUAGAUCCGAGCCACUACUUGAGGAAGUUUGAAGCACAAUUCGGACGCAAGGCCCAGAACCUCGCUGGGAGCAACUCUGUUGAAUCCAGAAAGUGCAUGCGAGAGAUAAAGCUGGAAAAUCAACUCCCAGUCUCGUCAAAGUUUGUCGAUCGUUAUGUAAAUUUGACGGAGCAGUCACUCUUGACAAUCGAUUCCGCCGAGAUUAUUCUUGGGUUUGGUAAUCACGGCAUUGCCCAAUACACACCCACGGAGCGCGGUACCGGCGCUCGCACUCGGGGUCAAGUCUUCGCCAGAGGAAAGAAACUCCGGGAACCAUUGAUCUAUCAGAUCGCAGUCUCGCUGACCAACGAGUGGGAUGAGAUCGCUUACCCCUGGAUGAGACUCUACUGUUCCUCCUGGGACUUUUUAAAAUGGGUGCACGAAAGGUGCCAUGUGGAUCUACGUGACCGAUUUGGACCAGGUUUUACUGCCCACAUGGAGAAAGAAUCAGGAUUCAUUUACAUGAACAGGUACAUCUUUGCGGCUCUCGUGGAUGGAAACCAAGAGGUAAGGCGGCAUGUAGCAGAUGGAACCCUAGACUUUUACUCCCGAAGCCAAGACCACCUUUUCAUGCAGCAGGAUGGAUGCUUCGGUCCCCCGAACCGUUACAUUUGA